GUCCUCUUCUGCUGUGAACUCCUGGGAAAUAUGAACCCGAGCGCUGUGAUCUCAGAUGGGCCGACGGCAGCCAAGUCUGAUGUCAGCGAUUGCCGAGAGCCGGGCUACGCGACGUCUCCUUCCGCUUCUGCUUGGCGAAUUGGGCGACAAAUCUGCGGUUGUUUCUGACGCUGGUCUUCUCCACAUACACUCUCUCCUCUGCUUCGCUAGCACUUCCUGCACGUUCUUUCCUCCCUCCAACUUUGAUUUUAAGCCUUCGAACACAUCAUGGAUGAUCCAGGAUGGCACGCACGUCGACGAGCGGCAGAGCAAACUCAAGGUCGACACCCAGUAAGGGGCCCAGAUGGACACUACCAGCCCACAGAGCAAGUCCAACCCAUGAACGAAAGCUUCAUCGGUGGCUUUGCUCCCCAGCCUUCACCCAUCCCUACAGGUCGCUAUUCUCACCACCAAAGCUAUCACUUUCCGCAACCAGACGCGAAUGGAAAUGGCCCACCUCCUCCUGUUCCUCCGAAGCAGUCGAGGACAUCGCUGCAGUCGGAUUUGACGCAAAUGACUGCUGCGGAGAGGUCUCAACACUUCAAGGUAGCGAAGAUGCAUCCGAAUUUGCAGUUCAUGUGUGGACCGCUCUUGAGAUAUGAUACUGUUGAUGAAAGGGGUGUGUGGCGUGGUGCUGCUAUGAUUGUUACGGUGGACGCCGGUUCGACGUACGAACCCAAUCCUAUGCUCACUUACGAAUGGGAUCCCACCGGACCGAACUUCAGACCUGUUCAUCGUGUCAAGCAAAGUCUUAGCGGGCAGGGCAAGUCCACCUACGACCUUGGUCCCCAUCCCGCAGACCCCAUGGCGCCUUCGUUCUCUCAAAGCCCGACUGACGACGGCCACAUGUAUCAAAGUCCCCAAGCACGCAAGGAGACCGUACCUGGACAAGAAUUGUGGGCCUACGUGGGGAACGCAGGGUCGUUCACGUUCUGGAGAUUUCUCAUUGAGAUUCCACUCGGGGAUAAGGAGAUGAAGAUUCGGUAUAGCAUCAACCAUGGGAUCGAGUUGAAUUUCUUUGUUCCGGGUCGUCAACAGACUAUGCGCCUUGCUGCUUAUUCCUGUAAUGGUUUCAGUGCUGGUGUCAACCCCGAUGACUUCCGCGGACCAGGUUUCCAAACUGGUUACGACCCAGUAUGGGUGGACCUUCUCGCCAAGCAUGACGAGCGUCCAUUCCACGCCUUGGUCGGCGGGGGAGACCAACUUUACUGUGAUGGUCUUACACGAGAGCCCGAGAUGCAAGACUGGGUGACACAAGCCAAGCCGGAGGACAAGAUGAACUACACUCUGACAGAGGAGAUGGCCCUCGCUAUCGAUCGGUUCUACUUUAAUCAUUACUGCCAAGUAUUCCGGAGUGGCGCCUUUGCGAGAGCGAACAGUUCAAUACCUAUGAUGAAUAUGUGUGAUGACCACGGUGCAAAACCAUACAAGAUUGACGGAUUCGGAAGUUAUCCUGACGCGCUACAGCAAGCUCAGGUCUUCAACACGAUCGGCGCGCGAGGAUACUGGUUCUUCCUUAUUUUCCAGUGCUUCAUCAACCCGAGCCUUGACGGACUAGAUGACGCACCAGGGUCCCAUCUCAACAAGUCUCUCAUCAUAGGCCAACGAGGCCCGUUCAUCCCAUUCCCUUCCCACUCUUUCCUAUCAUACAUUGGGCCAACAAGUUAUUGCCUUAUGCUCGAUUGUCGAGCGGAGAGGAAGUUGAGCCAGGUAUGUAGUGAGAUGGAGUACCGUAAGGUAUUUGAUAGGUUGCAGGCUCUUCCACGGCAUGUCGAACAUUUGAUUGUUCAACUUGGUAUCCCGAUCGCAUAUCCUCGGAUGGUCUUCUUGGAGACGAUGUUGUCGUCAAAGUUGAACCCCCUUGUGUCAUUGGGACGCUCUGGAUCAUUGGGGCUCAAAGGCUUCGUGAACAAAUUUAACGCGGAUGCUGAAUUGUUGGAUGACCUGAAUGACCAUUGGACAUCAAAGCACCACAAGACCGAACGCAACUGGUUCCUCGAACAACUACAACAGCUCGCCAUUCGUCGACGUAUCCGUAUUACAUUCGUAUCAGGCGACGUCCAUUGUGCGGCGGUCGGCGUGCUGAAGACGCUAACGAGGAAGAAGGCCGUUGAUGUCCCGCCCGAGCAGGACUAUAGGUAUAUGUUGAACAUCGUAUCCAGUGCUAUUGUGAAUACACCACCUCCUGCAGGCGUGCUCGCUCUUGUAGGCCAGUUGUCGACCAAGACACAUCGGACGAUGCACUACUGCGAUACCGACGAGACAAUGAUGCCAAUCUUCGACAAGGACACCAACGGCACGAACAACAAGAACAAGUUCAUCAUGGGCCGUCGAAACUGGUGUAGUAUUGUCUAUGAUGACCACACUGGGGACUUCAUUUUCGAUAUUCGGGUGGAGAAGGAGAAGGGGAAUGGGGAGACUAUUGGUUAUGUGACCAGGGCUCCUGCUCCGAAAUGGCAGCCUAUAGCCUGAACCACAACACCGCUGAAGAAAUGUCGGUCCUUGUUCAUUCCCUCGCUCAGAAAAAAAAUAUGACGCGCACACUUUCUGUUCAGUGCAGUCCAUUCAGCAACCGUUUCUCACUUACUCUACGUAUGACCCCUCGCUCAAUUUUAGUAUUUAUUAUCAACUUCUCUCCCUCUUUUCAUUUCCAUCUAAUGUGCCUCGUCUCUCGCUUUGCUUUCGCUCCCGUUCUCUAUUCAAGCUAUUCGGUGUCUAUGAGUCUUGAUUUUUUUGAGGUUCGAAUAUCAGUCCUACCUCUCGUCUUCACAAGCUAUCUCCAUACGCAAUCUUUCACCCUGACUCCUUUGCAUUGCAUUCUAUAACUCGACAUGCUACCCUCCUAACCUUUCCUUCCGAGGAACAGCACACUGUAUACUGAC